CUAUUCUGUUGCAGGAAGAAGACGUCCUGGCUUCACUAACAACGAUUCUAACGGGAUAAACACUAGCCAUUAAAGCACCUUCAGCGGUAUAAAGAUGUCGCGAAAACCCCGAACAACAGCUGCCAAGGCUGUGGAGUACAAAGAUAUAGACUCCGACCUGUCGUUUUGCCAGUCACAGAGUAGCGAUGAGGAUGGUGAUGAAUGGAGGCCACCAGAGCAAAAAGCUCCCCCCAAGACUACCAGAGCUGCUGCAACAGAGAGGAAAGCAGCUGCCAAGAGACCUGCUAAACCAAAAGAGCCCAAAGCCCCUAAAGUACCCAAAGCCCCGAAAGAGCCCAAAGCUCCUAAAGUGCCCAAAACGAAGGAGCCCAAAACCGUCAAAGUACCUAAAGAGCCCAAAGUGCCUAAAGAGCCUAAGCCAAGAGCACCACGCAAACCUGCAGCAGGGCGUAAAGCACAGGUAUCCAAAAAUCUAAAGGAUUCUGUUUCAUCUGGAUUGGCUGAAACAAAGAACAUAGUGAAGGAUGACAGUGCUGGAGAAACACAAAGUGCUUGUCCAGAGGAAGAGAGGGUAGAAGCGACUGGUACAAGUAUCAGAACGAAGGAAGAGAGAAUAUCAUUUAUUGUGUCAGAUGCCCAGCAGGCUAACACAUGGGCAGAUGAGGGGACAUCACUAUUCGCUCUGAAAGUAGAGAAACAGGAAGUGAAAGAAGAGGAUUUCACUUUUGAUGAGCCUUGUCUAAAGAAGCAGAAGACCAGUGGUGCCUGUCUGGGAAAACCAACUGUUUUACCAACAUCAGAGGCUCAGUCUCUGAGAAAUGAGCUCAACAUGAACUGGGACUUGAUAGAGCUACUGUCCAAGAUGACCUGUGUGGAGCGAUGGGUUUGUGUAAAUAUCAUUGUUCUGCUUCGUGAGGAGAACACAGUGCCGUUCAUGGUGCGCUACCGCAAAGAGAUGAUUAACCACAUGGAUGCCGAUGCUGUACGAGACGUCCAGAUGGUGUAUGAGGAAUUAUGCUGUCUGGCCAAGAAGACCCAGUCUGUAAUCCAGACCCUGAAGAAGGAUGGAGUUUUGACAGCUGAGCUGGAACAAAACCUGAGGAGCUGUCAGUCUGCUGAUGAACUGGAUCAUGUGUAUUCACCCUAUAAAAAAGGCAGCAAGUUGACAAAAGCUCGCAGGGCCAAAGCACUUGGCCUUGAGGACGCUGCCUCUGCACUGAUGGAAUCACCACACACUCUGGAUUUAAAUGCAUGGGUAAAAGAUGGUGUUGAAGGUCUAUCAUCGAUGGAAGAAGUCGUUACAGGUGUGGAGCAUAUCUUAGCUGAUAUAAUAUCAAAAGACCCUGACACACUCACCUACUUGAAGACAUUAUGUGAGAAGAGCUUUGUGACCCUCCAGUCCUCUGUUUCUAAGUCAGCCCUAAAGGAAAAAGAAGAAAAUAAACCGUUCCAAGGCCACAACAAAUCAGGAGCUGAGCAAAACAAAAACAAGGACAUUGACAAGUUCCACCUCUAUUUUGACUUCAACUGCAACGUCCAGCGCAUCCAGCCUCAUCAGACGCUGGCUAUUAACCGAGGUGAGAGUCUGAAGAUUCUGACAGUGAAGGUGAACAUUCCCGACAGGGUGAAGAGCGACUUCAUGCGGUGGUGCAUAAACAACAGGUGGAGGCCAAAGACAUUUGCAAGAGAAGAACUUCGUACAAUCAUCAAGAAUGCAGUAGAGGACUCUUAUAAAAGGCUUAUUCUGCCUUUCCUCACUAGGAAUUACAGGACCAAGCUGACAAGUGCAGCACAGAAGGAGUCAAUCGCAAUGUUCGGCCGCAACCUCCGCCAGCGCCUGUUGGUCUGUCCGGUCAGGGGCUGUGUCAUCAUGGGUGUGGACCCCGGCUUCAGACAUGGCUGUAAACUGGCUGUCCUCUCCCCCACUGGUCAGAUUCUCCAUACUGAUGUUGUGUACCUGCAUAAUUCAGGCCAGCAAAGAGAAGCUGACAAACUGCGCCACCUCAUGAUCAAAUACAGUUGUAGCAAGGUUGUCAUUGGCAAUGGGACAGCGUGUCGUGAGACAGAGUCCUUCUUCGCUGACCUCAUCUCCAGAUGUUACUUCCACCCACUGGAUGUGUCCUACUGUAUAACCAAUGAGGCCGGAGCAUCUAUCUACAGUGUGAGCCCUGAGGCGGUCAAGGAGAUGCCAGAUUUGGACCCUAACCUUAGAAGUGCAGUGUCCAUUGGAAGACGUGUCCAAGAUCCAAUGGCUGAGCUGGUGAAGAUUGAUCCCAAGCACAUAGGCAUCGGUACAUACCAGCAUGACGUGUCAGCUGGAGCUCUGAAGGCAGCGCUGGACGGAGUGGUGCAGGAGUGUGUGAGCUUCGUGGGGGUGGACAUCAACAUCUGCUCCGAGAUGCUAAUGAGGCAUGUAGCAGGCUUAAAUGCGGGCAGGGCGCGGAACAUUGCCGAGUGGAGGGAGCAGAAAGGUCCCUUCAGCAACAGGGAGCAACUCAAACUCGUCAAAGGCAUGGGCCCCAAGACCUUCCAGCAGUGUGCUGGCUUCAUCAGAAUCAACCCUCAAACCCUACACAGUGCCAAAUCGUCCCCUCUCCCUACACCGGCGGUGCCAGACAAACCAGCGGCCAAGAAGUGCAAAGGAAAGACUGGUGUCAACAUAGCGUCCUCAUUUAACCCCCUGGACCAGACCUGUAUACACCCAGAGUCCUACCACGUGGCCCAGAGAUUUCUGUCCCUCGUUGGCGGGAGCCUGGACCAAAUUGGGAGUGCAGUCCUGCGACAGUGUGUGGAGAGCAAAGUCAGGACGAGUGGCGUUGAGGAGCUGGCCCAAAAAGUGGAUACCACACCUGAGACGCUCCAACUCAUCAUAGACGGUCUGACACAGCCCCCUGGGUUCGACAUACGUCAGAAUUUUGGGCAGGCCGACUUUAAGCGGGGCAUUGUGUCGAUGAGCGAUCUGCGGGUGGGUGCGGUGCUGACGGGCCGGGUGGACAACACAACUCUGUUCGGGGCUUUUGUAGAUAUCGGUGUAGGCCGCGCGGGCCUCAUCCACAAGAGCCACAUCACCCUGGACAAGCUGCCCGCCAGCCAGCGACGCCGCAGCCUGGCUCUGGGACCCGGGGAGCGGGUGGAGGUACGGGUCCUGAACGUCGACCCCCAGAGGGGACGUAUCGGGCUGGACCUGAUCAGGGUCCUGCAGUAGAUUCACCUAAUUCACAUCGGACUGGUGACAGAAAAAGCAACUCGAACCUACUGGGAGACAAAUUACUAAUGUUUACAACAGUUGAGUGAGAGCGGACAUCGUUCUUAGAAGAGAGACAACACAUUUACCUUUAACAGGAAACCUGUUUAGUUUAUUUCUAGAAAUAUCCUUUUAGUUCAACAAAUUUCUGUAUUCUUUUCAAGGUUUUGAAGUAUUUAAACCGCACUUACAAAGGAGUGAAUCGAGGAAAUGUAUUUCAUUCCACUCUAAGAAGAGCUGUUGAAACAAACAAACAAAAAACUCCGACUGACCUCCUUACAGUUAGAGGCUGGACCACUUUUUUCCCCAUGAAGAAAAAUUUCCACGUAGUACUCAAUGUCAUGAUUCCUGUUUAUCUUUUCAAGUAAUUUCUUCUGAAAUGAACACUAAACCUGCUAGUCUGUUCUUGUCUGUUGACUUCCUGGUUAGCGUUCUGCACAUCUUUGAUCUUUAGAGGAAACUCGGCGAGGGAGAACCCCUCGUUCUAGCCUCAUAAGUAAUGUUUAUUUUUUUUAUAAACACAAUAAAACAUACACUUUACACACACAGUUAAGUAAAUAUUCAACUCUCCAAACUAUGUACAUAUUUUGUUCUGUAUUUUUCUGCAGAGUUUCUAAAGGAGCCAUGUCUUCUGUAUUAUUUGGUUUCGAGUAGGUUUUGAAAUUAAAAUAUUUCCAAGAUC